UUGGCAUGUAGAGAAUUGUGCAGAUAAAAGCUGUUGAGUGAGGUCUAAAUUAGGAAGGUGGUUUGAUAAAGAAUACUGAACGAAUGGAGUUGGGUUGGGCUGAGGCACUCAGAACUGCUGUCGCAACCCCUAAAGGAGAAGCAGAGCACACAGUCACCCAGAAAGUUCUUUUCUCUUCUGGUUUAAAAUUCAGAAGCUGUGUGAUUCCAAGGACAUGUCUGAGGAAGAUACUGGGGUAAACAUGAAAAAGGAGGAGGCUUUCAGUAAGCCCAUUGUUGAGGACAGGAACUUAGAAUUUGCCAAGAAGUGCAGCGAGUUGAUAAGUGAUGUCAAAUAUAAGGAGGAAUAUGAAAAAUCCAAGGGCAAGUGCUGUUUUGUCCCUGACACACCUGAGUUUCAGCAUGUGAAGAAUCUGGGGGCAUUUAUUUCAGAGAGUAAGUAUAAAGAGGCUGGAAAGAAGGACAUUUCUAGCUGCCUGUACUCUCAGAUGCCUGAAACCAAUGAAACCCAGCAUGCCAAGGAGCUGUCUCAGAUACUGAGUGAGGCUAAGUACAAAGAAAAUGGGAAAAGGGAGUUUUCCAAUUGCCUUUAUGCUAACCUACCAGAAACCUCAGAGAUCCAGUUUGCGAAAGAAUUGUCAGAGAUCCAGAGUGAGAGAAAGUACAAAAAGGAUGUGAAAAGAGAAUUCUCCAGUUGCCUGUAUGCAAAGAUGUCCAACACAACUGAAACCCAGUUUGCAAAAGAGAUGUCAGAGAAUCUAAGUGAGAGUAAGUAUAAGCAAGCUGGGAAAAGAGAGAUGUCCACUUGUCUUUACGCCCAGAUGCGAGAAACCACUGAAACCCAGCACGCCAAAGAGCUUUCCCAGAUUCUGAGUGAGAAAAAUUAUAAAGAAAGUGGGAAGAAAGAUAUCCCAUUUUGCCUUUAUGCACAGAUGCCACAGACCAUUGAAACUGUAUUUGCAAAAGAGGUAGCACAUAAUCAAAGUAAGAUACUGUAUAAACAGAAGUAUGAUGCAGAAAAGGGAAAGUCAGAUUAUUCUAAUAUGAAAGAACCCCCAGAUGUAGCUCAUGCCAUGGAAGUUAAUAAGCAUCAAAGCAAUGUUACAUACAAGAAGGGAAUGCAGGACAUUCACAAGUAUAAAGAUGUAGCUGACAGACUAGACAUCAGGAAUGCAACAGAGACUACAAAGCUCAUCAGUGAUGUGGCUUAUAAGAGCAAAAUGAAAGCAGAUGUCUAUAAUCAUCAGUCGGUCUUGGGAAGAUCUGAUAUUGAGCAUGCCAAAGAGGCAUCCAAACUCGUCAGCCAGGUGAAAUACAAAGAGAAGUUUGAGAGGGACCUGAAAGAAAAGAGGCAUCAGUACAAUCCCGGGGAGAGUGUGUCCUUCAAACAGACACAGGCUGCUACGGCCUUGGCAAGUCAGGUGAAAUACAAGACCGGUUUGCAGCAGAUGCAUGAGCCCUCUACAGAUCUGCCAAACACUCUCCAUCUUGAACAUGCGCUACAAGCCACCAAGCUGCAGAGCGCGAUUGAAUACAAAAAGCAGUAUGAAGAAUCCAAAGGUCAUUACCACAUAGCUCUGGACACAGCUGAGCAGCUUCAUCAUAAAGAAAAUGCAGUGCUCCACAGUCAGGUCAAAUAUAAAGAAGAUUAUGAAAAAUCUAAAGGCAAGUCAAUGCUGGAAUUUGUGGACACUCAGACUUAUCAGGUUUCAAAGGAGGCUCAGAAAAUUCAAAGUGAGAAAGAAUACAGAAGAGAAUACGUCGACAAUAUCAAAGGCAAGGCGAUGGUGGAUCUUGAGUUGACUCCAGGGUACUUACACGCUCGACAUGCCAGCACCCUUCUUAGUGAGAAAGAAUAUAAAAAGGACCUUGAGACAAGUGUGAAGGGAAAGGGACUGACAGGCUUGGAAGAAACACCAGACUUCAUCAGGGUGAAAACUGCAGGGCAGAUACUCAGCGAGAAAGAAUACAGGAAGGACCUGGAAAAUGAAAUUAAAGGGAAGGGAAUGGAGGUCAGCACAGAGAUUCCUGACAUUCAAAGAGCCAAAAAAGCAUCUCAGAUGGCCAGUCAGAAAGAAUAUAGAAAGGAUCUUGAGACUGAAAUCAAGGGCAAAGGAAUGGAAUUGAGCACAGAUGUCUUGGAGAUCAAGAGAGUAAAGAGAGCAUCGGAGAUUGCCAGCCAGGCAUCCUGUAAGCACCAGCUACGAGAGAACAUGUAUGGUACAGUAACAGACACCCCUGAGAUGUUACAUGCUGCAUACCUGAAGGAUAUGUAUAGUCAGAAAAAGUAUAAACAUGAGGCAGAAAAAUUAAAAAGCUCAUAUGCUGUGGUAGCAGAAACACCAGAAAUGCAGAGAGUGAAGACCAGCCAGAAAAACGUCAGUUCAUUGCAGUACAAUAAGGACAAAAUGUUACUCAAAGGCACAUUGUCUUCUGUGGCAGAAACUCCAGAAAUUCUCCUUGCCAAGGAAAACUCUAAGAGGAUUAGCAAUGUCUGCUAUAAGGAAGGAGUGGGCUCUGGUACUGCAGUAAAGGACACUCCAGAAAUAGAAAGAGUAAAGAAAAAUCAAGAAAACAUCAGCACGGUCUGCUAUAAGGAAGGAGUGGGCUCUGGUACUGCGGUAAAGGACACUCCAGAAAUAGAAAGAGUAAAGAAAAAUCAAGAAAACAUCAGCACGGUCAAAUACAAAGCCGGCGUUGGGCAGGCAACAGCAAUCCCAGACCCUCCAGAGCUAAAGCGAGUGAAGGAAAACCAAAGGAUCCUCAGUAACGUCAACUAUAAAGCACCGAUGGGAAGAGCAACAGCAGUGGAAAUGACUCCGGAGAUGGAGAGAGUCAAGAAGAACCAGGAAAACAUCAGCUCGGUCAAAUACCACAGUGACCUGAAGGAACUGAAAGGCACAGCCUGUGCAGUGACAGACACCCCUGAACUGAGGCGUGUCCGCAAGACACAGAGUGACAUUUCAAUGGCAAAAUACCAUGAGGAUUUUGAGAAGACUAGGGGUAAGGGGUUUACACCAGUUAUGGACGACCCUACUAUGGAACGAGCCCGUCGAAACCACCAGAUGGUCAGUGAUGCAGCUUAUAAGGGAGUCCAGCCACACGUAGUGGAAAUGGACCGGAAACCUGGAAUUAUUGUUGACCUGAAAGUCUGGCGCACUGACCCGGGCUCCAUCUUUGACUUUGACCCUGUGGAAGACAAUAUCCAGUCAAAAAGUCUGCAUAAACUCUCUGAGAAAGCAAACCGCAUUAAUAGGCAGCGCUCUCAGUCUGUCAGCACAGUGGAGGACGACAGAUCUGAACUGUCAGAAAAGCUCCUGAGUUUUUCGGGUUACAGCACUAGCACAGCCAGGGCGUCUGAGGACAGAGCCCCGGUUCUGCCUGGAGCUUACCACCCUGGAGGGCACUCUCAAGGGUACAAAUACAUGCACCAGACCAGCGUGUCCUCCAUGAAAUCAAUGCAGUUCCCUCCUCACUCUGCCCCCAUGCAGCGAGUCUACAGAGCGAUCUACGACUAUGCGGCACAGGACCACGACGAAGUGUCCUUCAGGGAUGGAGACGUCAUCAUCAACGUGCAGCCCAUUGACGAAGGCUGGAUGUAUGGCACUGUCCAGAGGACUGGCAAAUCAGGGAUGCUUCCCGCCAACUACAUUGAGACAUUCAACUAAAGGCGUAUGGCUCCUUCUGUACUUGUACCAUUUUUAAAGCGAAUUACUGCUAACCUCUCAAAAGAGGGAUGACCGUAAUGAAUAUUAUGACUACUCAGUACUAUACUGUACACAUAGCUGGUCUUUGUUAUCUCUUAACGCACUGCUUCAUCUAAUUCCUCAUUAUCGGACACAAAGGUUUUGUAAAGACCCUGAAACAAAAAUGAUUUAGUCUCAGUGCCUGUGUGAAAUAUCGUUGUCGCUACAUAUUAAUUCAGCUUUGCACCAGUGGUAUUGCAGUUUAACGUCACCAGAAAUAGUAGACAUCUUACUUUUACAGGACACUCUUGAGAACAAACGAAUGGCUACAGUUGUCCUUACACAUUGACAACUGGAUAACUGCAAGUAGCUGCCGGAGGAAGGGGGUGAGCAAUUUAUACUUGGCUACAGACUCACAGAAUAUGCCACACAAUGCCCAAGAAAUAUCUUGUUCAAAAUUGCCAUUUGAUUUUAUUUAAAUGUGUGGCACGCUAGACAGAAAAUGCACAGAAAGGAAACGUGCAAAAAAAGUAAGUUCCAGGCAAAUAUAAGUUGGUUUUUAUUUCAUUCACACAAGCUCACAGUACAAAAAGGGUCACAGCAUUAUUCUCAGUUGCUGGUUUGGAGGGGACACUGCUAGCAAGUCGCAGAUAUACAUUCAAAUCAAUGUAAAUUGCUUCACAUCAAUGUUUAGAGACAACAUUAAUUACGGAAGUCUCAUUACUCAUUACUCAUUAUUGAUUUAAGGGUUCAAUUGAAUGAAAUGGCCUACACUAUGGAAAGAUUUACAGUGGUUUUGACAUAUUACUUCACAAUGUAGAAGGGUAGACUGUAGAGGGGUUAUUUCUGCUCUGGCCUGCGCUACUUCAGUGCGAGCUGUUGUGGAAGUACCACUUGUCAUUCACUGUUAUCAUAGGCCUUAGCAGAAAUGACUGUGAGCCAGUAGUGCUCCAAUUUUAAUUGAGCUCUUGACCUUCAGCCUUACAUGUUGUUGCAUAUUAUCCUCUGUAUAUAAAGAAAGAAACUUAAAAUCUCAAACAUUUUAGAGUUCCAAGAUAAUUUAAAGUAUAAAGGUGUAACUAGACUAAUUAAUGGUUAAAUUAACUAAGAGAGCUCAGUUUGGAAACCCAGUCUCAUCAGACAAUUCCCACAACAAAGUACAGCUCAUGGGAAAAAAAAGGUUUGUCUUAGGACAUUAGCUGAGAGUUUGGUUAUGUGACUACACACAGUGCCAAGAAACAGCAGAGCAGUUACAUGCAUCAGUCCUUGAAACAUUCAAAUUUAUAGCAUAUUACAGUACGUCAUUUACAAACCUUUUGUGUCUCCAAAAUAUUCACUUUUCUUCACUUCAAAUUAACUAUCUUUAAAUACCACAAGAGGGUUCUUUCAACGUAGGAACAUAAUCACUGGUAUUGUUUUGCUUGAAAAAAUAUAGAAUUUGCAAUUGUUGAGUUUUGAUAAUGGAUUGUUAUUAAUUGCAGUGUCUUAUGCAUAGAAAAUUGGCAAUAGAAAAUAGCUUUUCCAACCCAAGAUUGUGUUUGGGUAAAUCCAUAUUCUUGUUAAUAUAUUGUAGUAACAGCCCAUACAGAUUUUUUUUUUUACUAAUAGAACAUUUCCAGCAGAUUCUAUCUCAUUUUGAUACUGUGUUUUUAAAGGGGUUUCCAUCGUGUUCUGAAAUGUGAAUUUUAACUUUCUGAGAUAUUAGCUGAGGGGCACAAUGUGCCCUCCUUAUUAAAGAGUGAAUUUCUACUGCAAAGAUAACAUCAGAAGGACACAGUGAUGUAUGACACUUUGUGAGACAAGGAGGUGCUACAGUGCUUACAGCUGAUCCACAUUUCUGUGUAUUAUGAUAGUGCCAUCUGUGUUCUGUGUGAUUUUAACAAGUCCUUUAACACAUUCAUAUUUGAAAUUUCAACUGUAAUGCAACAAGUGAAACACGCUUAGGGGUCUUCACACUCUGCUGUUACAUAUGGUUCACUAGUUUUGAACAGCAAUGCAGAAUCAAAGUGCAGUCCAAAAAUAAACCAUUUCAGCGUGAGAGAUUAUUCUCAUAGUAUCUGUGUUAGUUGCUAUAAUGAAAUAUAGUCAUGUCCUAAAGUCAUCAAGAUCAAUCAUCGCCUUACAUUGCAGCGGUAUUGGUGCUGCAUUAGCAUUGCAUCUGAAUGGAUAUUUAAAGGUUGUUUUCUUUUACUCUCAGAUUGCUGUACUGUGCUGCAAACACAAAUGUAGCCUCCCAUUCAAACAUACCAGAAAUAAGGAUGACCUUUGGUACAAUUACAGAAACGACACAAAUGAUCACUACUUUGAUAGAAUUACAUUUUGCCGAUUGCUAAUGAAUAGAAAAUCAUCGCUGGUGGCGGUAGAGUGUGGAGAAACAACUUGUAAUGCUUUUAUGACUUUCACGAAUGUUAAAGAAACCCUGGGGCAAUGUUCUGUGCAACACAAGACAUUGAAUUUUUGUUGUUGUUGUUGUCUUUUCCACACAGUCAUGAGAAUGAUUUUUUAGGAAAGCCAGGAGAUAAUAUGCUGUGAGAGGUGUGAAGAACUGGAUCGCUUCUUUUAAAUGUAAUACUGGUGGAGGUACUAUAUUUUUAUAUGUAAGAAUGUAAAUGACUGUUUUGCUAUACCUGGCACAGCUAUUGAUGAAUAAUUAUGACGUGCAGGGUUUGCUGUUGUGAGAGAAGUUUAAUUUAGUCCUUACUGAUUUUUCCUCAUGUGUUAGGGUUUUCGUAUGCACUUAUAACAGAAGUCAGCCUUAUUGAGUAGGUUAAGAUGCUCUGAUCCUUUAAUCAUAGCACAGAUUAUACGGGCACUCACACAGCUGUCAAAUGUCUAAUUUCAAGGUAUUUGUUUUUGCCUUGUUUGAUCAUUUUAUCAGUUUAACAGUGGCAGGGGUCACCCUUGAGAAUCCUACUUCUAAAUACCGGCCCCACAUGGUGUCUGGGAAAAAAUCCAUUUGCAAGCAAACAUUUUUAAACUAAACCUCAAAAUGCUGAUGGAGCAUUAACUAAUUACUGAUUUAACUGGACGUAUUUAGCAGCUUGUCUCAGCUCCUUUAAAAUGUCCUGCAAAGCCUGCAGACACUGUGGACUCACCCAGGACUAGGACUGGAUAUUCCUGACCUAGAAAGAAGUUUAUGUAUGCACAGAAAUGCUGAAAGGUAAAACCAUUCACUCACAUAUUCGUGGAACAACAGAAAUCUCUUUGUACUGAGAUGCACCCAGUUAAAAAUAAAUGGGCGGCAAGCAAUGAAAAAGUAAAAUGCAUUUUUAUACAUGGAUAUCAGCCCUAAAACGUGUCUGGUAGAAUGUAGUUGAAGUGCUCUGUUGACAGACUAAAAGCAUUUUUGAAAUACAUUUUGACUCACUGAGCAGUCUAAAACUACACACCCAGUAUCUGUUCAAAGGAGAUCCACAUCAAAACCUGGGUGUUUAAACAAAACAAAAUUGUUUUAAAAACAUCCACCAGUAACGUCAACUGGAAAGAAAAUAAAAACACUGGUAGCCUUAACUGCUCUCCAAUAGAAGGAGCUGGUGACCUUGUUGUUAACUGCAAAUGUUUCAUAUGUAUUCAGCAUAAGCUUCAUACUCCCGACCUGCUGCUUGUUGCCUUUGGCAUACAGCUGUGACUGACAAGUACUGUAGGUCACUUGUGCCUUGACAUUAUGGCUAGCAUGCAUGCCCCCACUGCAAUGUACUGUUUAAAUUUUGAUCCUUGGAUAAGUUGUCAUAGUUCAUGUUUAAUAAACGACUAUCCACUGUGUGAGGAAAUUUCUGAAUUUCUCAUUUCUUGGUCGGAUCUUUCUGAACAUGCAUUUAGAAUGAAGGAAACGUUUUUCUGAAAUGCCAGCUGUGUAUUUUGAAUGUUUAGUUAUGGCCAGGCAAUCUUGCGACAGGCAAUUUGGAAGUCAAGAUUUGUGGGAUGGCAAAAUCAACAAGGCAUACUUAUUGCUCUUCCAUGAGGAAUGGAACAAAGUAAAUUUAACUGCCAUGCCUAGUUCUUGGUUUGUAAAAUACAUAGAUUGAACAUUUACCUUUACCCUGGAAGGAAGUGUAUGGGCUCAACAACUGGUAGAAAUUAUUGCACCCAAUGUUAUGGCGCAGAAGACAUUUUACACAUUUUAAAUAAAGGUGGAAAAACAAAAA